AUGCUGCAAUCUUCUAACCUCAGCCCCCAGCCCAUCUACUUCUCCGACAACCGCCGGAUAUUUUCAUCGACGUCCCAAGUUAAGCCCGAGGUUGACGUGGAAAAGAAAUUCCAAUCGCCCACCCAGGAUCCUCUCCCACCUUCGAUCUCCGAAGACAUGGCAUUCUCACUAGACCAAGUGCUGUCGGUUGCCAAGGUUCAUCCGUUCUACUCCGACGUUCAGUACCCGCCUGAUGAAGGAGUCAUUGAGGCUAUCAAACGCCAGCCCGCAUCGCCAAUCACAAAAGGAGACCUAAGCCGUCAACCUCUCCUGAAAAAGAGCGAUUUAUACACCGUUAUCAACAGACUGGUAAACGACAUCAGGCCUCAGAACACUUACCGUCACAAUGUCUACACAAGUGUCACUGGUGGUGGAAGCACUACGUCAAAACCUUUAUUCUUUGCUACAGACGCGAUCGAGAAUCGUCGACACAGAGCUUAUUUCGGUCUGUUUCUACAAGCCCUCGGCGUGAUCGAGCGCGGGGACUGGGUUUUGACAACACACUGCGCGGGUAACCUCUACAGAUCUCUAGAUUUGACUUGUGAAACUAUGGAAAACGCCGGCGCCUCCGUUCUUGCGGCUGGUAACCACCUACACCCUUCAAAAGUUGCCGAAAUGCUACGAGAUUUCAACGCCAAUGUGCUGAGCGGUGAUGGGAGUCAAGUUAUGUCGGUCGUCCACCACAUAUCGAUGAUGUCUUCCACCGAAAGGGAAGGGAUCCAUCUCAACAAAAUCAUCUACACAUCUGAGGGUCUCACAGCGACUCAGAGGUCUUACAUCAACACGAUACUAGGUCCGGUGAAGAUCUGCUCCGUUCUCGGUAGUGCAGAAGCCGGGCCGUAUGGAGUAAACAAUCCCGACCUCACAUCAAACGACGAAAACUCUCAUUUGAAUCACACAGACUUUGUUUUCGACACACGCAUGAUCAUCAUUGAGAUUCUCCCACUCUCACACAAAGAGGGUGACCCCGUUCCCAACACGCUGCCCGAAGGCGCAGCUGGCAUGAUCGCCCAGACGUCCCUUACACGACUACGAAACCCUGUUGUCCGCUAUCUCACUGGCGAUGUCGGAUCUCUUCACUCAUUAUCACCAGAAGCUCAGUCACGAAUCCCAGAGGAACAUCGUCGUUACAUGCGUGUUCUACGACUGCAAGGUCGCGAUCAGCGUUUCAGCUUCAUGUGGGAUGCAGAUGACGUUGAGUUCGACAAAUUGAGCGUCGUCAUGGCCGACCCAGCUCUUGGUGUACUACAGUGGCAGGUCAUUCUAUCCACCAUGCAGCCGUCGAAAGAGGUAGCGCUUGAGCUGCGCGUACUCCGUGGUAAUCGUGGGAGCGAGGCCUUGGUUGUCAAACGUCUGAAAGAGUUCUUCUACGUAUACGAGCCCAACGAACACAAGUUUCAGAUAACGUUUCUUGAUGGAAUGUCCGGCUUUGAACUCAGCCGGACAGGACAAAAAGUCGUCAAGUUUAUCGAUCGUUGCGUUUAG